AUGGGAUUUCUCGGUGUCUACUCGGCUGUGUACGACUACAAGCCUCAGGGAGAAGGUGAACUCGAGAUUCACGAGGGCGACCUCCUUUAUAUCCUGGAAAAGAAUGCGGACGAUGACUGGUGGAGGGCGAAACGAAAGAGUGAACACGAAGAUGAAGAUGAACCUGAAGGCUUAGUUCCGAACAACUAUGUCGAAGAAGCGCAACCCGCGCACAGAGCCACGGCUCUCUUCGAUUACACGCGACAGACCGACGAGGAGGUGUCAUUCUCCGAAGACGCCGAGUUGAUGGUGUACGAUACUUCGGACCCUGACUGGACAUUGGUUGGAACCAACUCAGAAUAUGGAUUUGCACCCUCAAACUAUAUCGAAAUCCUCGAUGAGGGGUCUGCUGCCACAAUUCCUCCCCCACCCGUGCCAGCAGCUGAGGCAGCCGCGCCGUCACUUCCACAACGGCCGCAGGUACCCGACGAGCCCGAAGCAUCGCCAGCUGGUUCGCCGGUCGACAUGUCCCAUAACCCCGCCGCGGCCGCCAUUGCCAGCAUCAUUCAUAAACAGCAUGCCCCUGCGGAUACAUAUGUCGAGCCCACUCGAGACGAGCCCCCACCACCUAGUCUUCCGGUUCGCCCGUCGUACGACCAGGACCGCGAGGAAUCACCACCCCCAAUGCCGCGCCGGCCUCCUUCUACACACGCGUCUCCACCUAUACCACAGCAGUCUUCGCCCGAUCCUUCUCCGCCACCGCGACCUCAACAGGCAGUUCCUGCCACCCUCAAUCGCGAUGCCACACAUGUAAAAGCAUCCCCUCCUUACAACCGGGCGGGUGAGAUGACCCCGCGAUCCCCCUCAGGCUACCAUAUCUACAAUAUCAACGAAAUGGUAGAGGUCAUGGGCAAGAGGAAGAAGAUGCCCACAACUUUGGGUAUUAAUAUGGUCACAGGAAUUAUCUUCCUUUCCCCCGAAGGUGAUGAUAGGCAGCAAGAAUGGAGCGCAGAGAAGCUCAGCAAUUACUCUAUUGAAGGGAAGCAUGUUUUCGUUGAUCUUGUCAGGCCAAGCAAGAGCAUUGACUUCCACGCGGGUGCCAAGGAUACCGCUCACGAAAUCGCCUCGGCCCUUGGCGAAAUUGCAGGCGCCUACCGCGCAGGAGGAUUGCGUGAAGUCCUAGAAGCAGGAGAGGGCAGUGGCCCAAAGAAGGGUCAAAUUUUGUAUGACUUUGUAGCGCAAGGCGAUGAUGAAGUGACAGUGGCUGUCGGGGAUGAAGUCAUUGUUCUUGACGAUACCAAGUCUGAGGAAUGGUGGAUGGUACGGCGCCUCAAGAACAAAGAAGAGGGCGUUGUCCCAAGCAGCUACGUUGAAGUGAUUGGGUUGAUCCCUAAGCCGCCGAUCUUGCCUGCGGAGCCUGGCCUGUCUACCGUUGAAAAGAACCGUCGAGAGGAGAUGCGGUUGAGCAAACUUGCUCUAGGCAAAUCACGGACGGACUCAAUGGAGUCGUCAGAACGCCAAAGCAAGCGCGAUAGCAAGAUGAAGUCGAAGCCCGAUCCCAGCAAAGUACGAAAGUGGACCGAUCGGUCCAAGGACUUCACCGUUGAGGCGCAGUUCAUCGGUCUUUCAGAUGGGAAAAUCCAACUUCACAAAGUGAACGGAAUCAAAAUCGCUGUUCCCGUUGCGAAGAUGUCCGUGGAAGACUUGGAGUAUGUUGAAAAGAUUGCUGGUGUUUCACUGGAUGAAGACAAGCCUCUUUCAAGCAUCCGACCUCGAGUGGUGGCCGAGAAGACCUCCAAGGCUGGAGCUUCGGUCAACAACGACUACGACUGGUUUGAUUUCUUCUUGAAGGCCGGUGUUGGGCCACAUCGGUGUGAGAGAUACGCACAGUCUUUCAACAAGGACGCAAUAGAUGAAUCCGUCUUGCCUGAAAUCACCCCCGAGAUCCUUCAGACCUUGGGUCUGAACCAAGGUGAUACUCUCCGUGUCAUGAAGGUUUUGGACGCCAAGUACGGCCGGGCACCUGAUAAAUCUAAGCCUCGAAACGUCAGUUUCGGCGGCGAGGAAGUCAUCGGCAAUGGUGAUGGACAGGGUGGUCUCUUCUCAGGCCCAGGUGGUAUGCUGCGAAACAACACCGGCCGGGGCAGACCAGCACCAAACGUCACAGUUGGGGAGGUCAAUGCCAAAGCUUUCGGGCAGUCGGAUGAACCCAGCUCGCCUGAGACUCCAGCAAGUCCACCACCCCCCGCUGCAGAACCCGAAAAACCAGCUCCCCGCGGGUUUGAGGAUGAUGCUUGGGAGGUCAAGCAGCCAAAGCAACCUGCUCGUCCCACUGCAGCAGCGACCCCAACUCCGCCCCCUGCGGCCGCCCAGGUCCCACAGCCCACUGGUGCCAUCGCCGACUUGUCGUUGCUUCAAGCUCCUUUACAGCCGACCCCCGCUCAGCCCACUGUGGCUGCUCAGCCAGCUCCUCCAGCCCCCGCUCUUCAGCCACAAGUCACCGCUGUGCAAACACCACCACCACAGCAGCCACAGCCAACAGGUGCCAACGCCAGCUUGUUUGCCCAGGUGGCGCAGCUUGGCCAGCAAGCCAGACAGCGUCCUCAGGCUCCUCAGGCAAUGGCUCAAAACUCGCUGCUGCCUCCUCCGCCGCAACGUCCUCUAUCUGCGCCGCAGAACUUCUCGCAGCAGCAGAACGCCUUUGGUCCUCCGCCACUGCAAGCCCAGCUGACCGGGGUCCCCCAGGCGGCACCCGGGUUGAACCAGAUGGACAUGAACCAGCAACGUUUCCAGCAGCCUCAAGCAACUGGGUACAUGGGACAAAAUCAAUUCCAGAACGGCUUGAUGCCCCAGCCUACCGGGUUCACUCCCCAGUCACAAUUUGGCAUUCAGCAGCAACAGCAGCCCCAAUAUGCCCAGAUGGCCCCUCAGCAAACUGGGUUCCAGGGUCUUGGGCCACAACCAACUGGAUAUGGAUACGCACAGCCUCAGCAACCCAUGCAGACCGGAAUCAACUCUGUUCUUCCACCUGCAUUGCAACCUCAACCCACUGCCAAUGGGUUUGGCAACCAGUCCUACUCAUCACCACCUCCAGUACCGCCAAUUCCCCAGCAGCCCACUGCCAUGCCUCUCUCGCCCCAGAAAACAGGGCCACCGCCCACCAUCCGAUUUGGAGUCAAACCAGAUGGUCCCAAGAAGCUUGAGCCGCAGGCAACGGGACUCCGGGCCAAUCUGUCGCAGGCUACCCCCCACAAUCCCUUUGGAUUUUGA